UACCCAACCAGCCAUGAUCAGCCCGCGCGCGAUGUUUCAAGAGGGUGAAGCGGCUCUCGCCGAGCAGGGGAAGGGCAAGGCGGUGCGCCCCGAGUCGGACUGGCACAGCUCGGCCCCCACGCGAUGCCCAACCUCAGAGCUGCUCGCCUUCGGCGACGACCAGGACGCAGACGAGCACAAGCAGAGCCGGAGCGGCACCACGCAGCGGAACGACGAGCUGGCGCUCCUCGAGCCAGCGCUCCUCGAGGCGGUGCUCUGCGGGGGCCGGCGCCCCCAGAGGGGGUCCGCGGUGCCAGCGCCGAGGGAGGCCCCGCUCAGGCGCCUGCGGUCAGAGGCGUUCUGGGAGCAGAAAGCGGCUGCCGCCCGGCGGCCGGCGUGCUCGCCCUGGGAGCUGGGCGCGCGGCAGCGCCGCCCGUGCCUCGACGAGAGCGGCUUCCUGGGGCCCGCGGCGGUCGCGGCGCCGGCAGCAGAAGGCGCCGAGGGCGAGGGCGCCGCUAGCAGCCCCAGGAGCUGGGCGGGUGCCGUUUCCAGGGAGCUGCGCCGCAGGGUCCGCAUGCCCGUUGAGCCGCCGGCAACGCCGCCAGGGUCGCCCUCUGCAGCGCUCGGGGCCGCUCUGAGGUCGCGCCGGUCGUGCCACGCGGCUGGAAGCCACUAA